GUCAUGCCCUCGGUCUGUAGCCCUUUUGUAUAAGGGCCUGGCAAGGGUGACGCGGGGCUGUUCCUACCGGCACAGCUGCGGCACCGGCCGGGGUGGAGGCAGGGCCUGGGCAGCACUGCCAUCCCAGAUCCUACCUCGGGCUUUUCAGUGGUAAGGGGACAUGUACCCCAAGGGCCUCUGCUUGGCCUGACCCUGCUGUGGGGCUCUCUGUCCCUAGGAACAGUGGAGAUGGCAAGCUUAGCGAGCCCCUCUCUGCCCAGCUGCCUCCUCUCUCUCCUCCUCCUCUUCCUCCUCCAGCUGCCUUCCAGCCAUGCAGGACAGUUCAGAGUGAUAGGACCAAGGCACCCCAUCCGGGCUCUGGUGGGAGAGGAAGUGGAACUGCCAUGCCGUGUGUCUCCUGGGAAGAAUGCCACAGGCAUGGAGGUGGGGUGGUACCGGCCCCCCUUCUCUAGGGUGGUUCAUCUCUACCGAAACGGCAAGGACCAAGACGGAGAGCAGGCCCCUGAAUAUCGAGGUCGGACGGAACUGCUGAAAGACACUAUUGGUGAGGGAAAGGUCACCCUCAAAAUCCGGAGUGUAAGGUUCUCAGAUGAAGGAGGUUUCACCUGCUUCUUCCGAGAUCAUUCUUACCAAGAGGAGGCAGCAAUGGAAUUGAAAGUGGAAGAUCCCUUCUACUGGGUCAGCCCUGGAGUGCUGGUUCUCAUCGCCGUGCUCCCUGUCCUCCUCCUGCAGAUCGCUGUGGGCCUCCUCUUCCUCUGCCUGCAGCACAGACUGAGAGGAAAACUUCGAGCAGAGAUAGAGAAUCUCCACCGGACUUUUGAUCCGCAUUUUCUGAGAGUGCCCUGCUGGAAGAUAACUCUGUUUGUAAUUGUGCCGGUCCUUGGACCUCUGGUUGCCUUGAUCAUCUGCUACAACUGGCUACAUCGAAGACUAGCAGGGCAAUUCCUUGAAGAGCUAAGAAACCCCUUCUGAGUGAUGUCACAUCUUGGCUGGGGUGGAGGAGAGCCUGGCUGGCCCAAGGAUUGAUCCUUGGGGACGUCACAUCCAUCAAGUUGCACACUCACUGGCAUCUUUGCUGUGGGGACUUCCCAAUCUGCACUUCCAGGAACACUCUGAAUUCCAAAUAGAUUUGAUUCCCUUCUUCUACCUUUUCUCUUCCUUUCUCCAGCCUUCCUUUCUUUCCCCCUUUUUUCUAGCCACAUCUUUCCACUCCCCUCCUGUCCUACCUGGAAGCCCUCCCUGGCUAGGGACAGGCAGGUGCUCCCUUGGUCUGAGGACGCCUGUGCUGGAGACUGACAGACAGGAGGGCCUCUGCCAUGAGCUGCAGAC